AUGGAUGAGAACAAAGGGCUGUUCCCUAUUGCAUAUGUUGUAGUAGAGGUUGAGUGCAAAGAAAGUUGGCUAUUUUUUCUGAAUCUGUUACAUGAUAUCAUAGACCCGGAUGAUGCUAAUAGGAUGUUGACUUUCAUGUCAGAUAAACAAAAGGGUCUAGCCGAUGCUAUUGCUUCAGUCUUCCCUAAUGCCUACAUUAGGUGUUGUAGUAGCCAUCUCUAUCAGAAUUUCAAGAAAAAAUAUCCAGGUGAUGCAUUUAGGAAACACUUUUGGACUGCAUCUUCAGUAUGUACUGUGAAUCAGUUUGAAAGUGCAAUGAGUGACAUCAGAACCAUGGAUAAUACAGCAUAUGAAUGGUUGAUGAAAGAUCCCGAAAGCAUGUGGGCUAGACAUGCUUUUGAUACUGGAGCGAAGAGCGACCAUAUUACCAACAACAUGUUAGAGUCAUUUAACCAAUGGGUAUCCACCAUCAGGACAAAACCCAUUCUCACCUUGAUUGAUACCCUUAGAUUGAAAAUCAUGGAUAGAAUGUAUCACAAGUUUCAAAAGGGUCAAAGCUUCCAGGGUACACUUACACCAAUGGUGAGGAAGAAAAAAAUCAAAAUCCAGGAAGCAUCAAAGGACUGCAUUAGUCAUGGUGGUGCUGAUGAUGAAUUUGAGGUAAUUGAGCUUACUGGAAGAAGGUGUGUGGUGAAAUUGAGACAAUGGUCAUGUACUUGUAAAGUUUGGGAUGUCACUGGACUACCUUGCAAGCAUGCUGCAUCAGCAAUUGCAAUGACGAGGUAUUGA